GCCGGUGGUCGAAACCGCCUCGGCGCACACCUCUACCUAUCAAGUGGGCGGGCGUUGCUGACAAGUUUGGCGGCCGAUGGAUGUUUUCUGGGUGCUUUGUGGUGCAGCCAUGCUUUCGUGUUGCGCUGCUCUGGCAGCCUGAAAAUUUGCAGUGUUUUGUGCUCGAUAUGGUCGAGGAGGGCCGGCACAUCACCGCCAGUUCUGAAUUCAUUCACCGCAUUAAUGCGAAAAAUUGCAAACUAGUUGCCUGCUUUGUGGUCGUCGGUUUCGUUGUCUACCACGGCGUCAUUCACUUAACGUACGGAAUCGACACGUGCAAGUGGCUGCUGAGUGAUGGGCGAUUUCAAGGCUAUCAUGUGUGGCAACCGUACGGCUGUAUGCUGCACACCUACACCAAUGCGGAGUCUCGCAUGUGCCUGCGCUACAUCGCCUACUGGGGGGGCAAGAACCACAUUGUGUUCGCUGGGGACUCCCGCAUCCGUCAACUGUACGGGGCUUUCGUGCAGCAGGUGCAGCCGUCGCCCUCGCCAGCACCCCAGCAGGGCCACCGAGAUUUGCUCUACGAGGAGAAGGACCUGCACCUCACAGUGGAGUUCCUCUGGCAUCCUCUGGUCGAUGCCUCCCUGCGUUCAGCGGGAGCUCACUGGCUGCGGCAGCGGCCGGCCCUCGUAGUGCUGGGUAGUGGCACCUGGGCUAUAAAGCAGAGCAAUGGAAGCCAGGACAUGCUGGCCGAGUAUGCAGCCAACGUGAGCCGGUUGGUCCCGCUGCUCGAUCGGCUGGCCAAUGGCUCGCGUGUCCUCUGGAUGCUACAGGACCCCGUCCAGGCUGAUCGGCUCAGCCCCAGCCGCCGUGCCAUCUCCAACGAGCUCAUUGACGCCUACAACCAGGCAGCCGUGCAUGCACUGCGGCACAGCAGCGUGGAGGUCUGGAGCUCCAUUCGGCUCAUCUCAGAGGGCUACCCAGGUGACUCGCCCGACGGCUUGCACACGGGUCCGCUGGCUGUGAACUACGCUAUCCAGAUCUUGACCAACAUGUACUGCAAUGACCACAUGAAUUAUAACGAUGGCACCUGCUGUAGCAGCCCGGAGCCAGUUACCUGGCUGCAGACGAUCACCUUUGCGUCGUUCUUCAUAGUCCUGCUACUAAGCCUGGGCCUGGCAGUGCGUAAACGGCUGUGGCCCAUGAGUGAGUCACCAUUGCAGAGUGCACUGCAGCAGUUGUCACGGCUAGGCCUCAUUAUGGCCUACUUCUUUGUGUGUGACCGGACCAACUUCUUUAUGCGCGAGAACAAGUACUACACGCACCUGAACUUUUUCCUACCAGUGGCGUACGUGUUUGCCCUGGGACUGUUCUUCACUGAGGAGACGCAGCAGACGCAGGUGUUGCACCGGGACCAAACGGACGAGUGGAAGGGCUGGAUGCAGCUGGUGUUGCUGGUGUACCACAUGACCGGCGCCAGCCAGGUGCUGCCUGUGUAUGUGCAUGUGCGGGCGCUCGUGUCGGCCUACCUCUUUCUGGCAGGCUACGGCCACUUCUCGUACUUCUGGCACCAGGCGGACUUUGGGCUGCUACGGCUGGCGCGGGUGCUCUUCCGCACCAACCUCCUGGUAGUGCUGCUGUGCCUGUGCAUGAACCGACCGUACCAGUUCUACUACUUUGUGCCUCUUGUCUCCUUCUGGUUUCUCGUUGUGGCCGCCACCCUGGGCAGUCUGCCACGCAUAUCAGCUGCCACGGCCGAGGCCAAUCCACUUCACCACCUCUAUGUGGUGCUCAAGUUUGUGGGACUCUUCUCGAUCCUCACUGUGCUUUACAUGUCCGAGGUGUUCUUUGAAAAGAUAUUCGUCACACGACCUUGGAAGGCUCUGUUUGUAACCACUGAUGACUCUAUCAAGGAGUGGUGGUUUCGCUGGAAGAUUGAUCGCUAUAGUGUGGCGAGCGGCAUGCUGUUUGGCUUUGCCCACUACCUGCUGCGGCAGUACCGAGUCAUUGGGGACAACCACCAUGGGAACCUGUUCUCCAGAGGCCUAUCCCUCACAGUUGCCUUUGGAGCCCUGCUGGGUCUUGGGUUCUACACUACAUUCGCAUUCGUGUGUCGCUCCAAGCCUGACUGCAACGAGGUGCAUGCGUAUGUCUCCUUUGUUCCGAUCUUGAGCUACAUUAUCCUGCGAAAUAUCAGUGGCCUGCUGCGCACCCGUUACAGCACUUUCUUUGCCUGGUUUGGAAAGAUUUCUCUUGAGCUGUUUAUUGCGCAGUACCACAUCUGGCUGGCAGCCGACACACACGGCGUACUGGUCCUGGUGCCUGGCUACCCUGUGCUAAAUGUCAUGGUCACUUCUCUGGUGCUCGUGUGUGUGGCACACGAGGUGCACGUGCUGACAGGAUGCCUCAUGCCGCUAGCUGUACCAGCUGACUGGAAGUAUCUGGUGCGCAACGUGGUCGUCUUUGGCCUACUCUUGGUGCCCAUUGGCAUUCACGACGGCAUGUUCUGACCAGGGAAAUAAAUAUGUUAUUAUUACAUCUACAA